AUGGGAGAAGUAGCUGGCUAUUCGAUUGGGCAGUCGCGAAGUAACAAGACACAAGGAGAGAAAUGCAUACACGCGAAAAGAGCGCGAGGCAGAGCUAGUGCGGACAAACAAGUUCACAAGACAUCUGAAAAUCAUUGCAGCAAAGGAUUUAUAGCGGAUGGGGCUGAAAAGGUGUUUUCAGUGGGCUUCUGUGCGGGACUUGAGUUCAGCAUGCACUGCCACAUAGUGGCACGCGCUGCCGACAAUGCAGUUGACCACCAGCUGACCAGUGCCUACGAAACCCUCUAUGCAACUCCGGCGGAAGCAACCAAGGUGCCAUAUCAAGCUUCAGGAGGUGAUUAUGUGUCUGCAUGCAGUGUGCGAUGCUUUCGAAGAAAGUUGAGAACCGUCGUGGUCUGUACGCAGCAGUCGGCAGGAACAACCAGUGAUUACCAAGCUUGCCUGCCCCAAAACAACACUCAAACCUGGCUCACCAGCAAAGAUCUCUGUAAAGAGUUGAACGAUUUACAUUCUGUAAACGCGGUGCGGUAUGGAUCGCCGGUUUUCUCGUAUGCUGCGUUGCGCGUGAACAAGAUUUCAACUUUUGGCUCUCUGGCUGUUGCACACCAACGAAUAGGCCAUUUGGAGCAACUCUCUGCCCUCAUAUCAUCGGCCUGGCUCAAAAUGAAAGUGCCUUUUUUGAAAUGGAGAUGCCGGCUGAAACAUAUUUUGGGGUGGCUCGCCAUUAUACAGACUCCUUCCUUCCAUCAAGUGUCCCAACGUGUCCUGGCAGCCACAGACAAACCUGGAAGCUCUAAACCUUCCCCGAACGAAAACACUAAUUUCGAGACACUAUUCCUCCUGCCAUCACAUGGAGCAGACCCUUUUUCCCGUGUGUCGCACCUACGAGCAAAUGCUGCCAUGUUGAUGAACUAUACCCUAGGCGCUGAGGUGCUUAAGAUGCUCGCACAGCUUGUUCAAACACUGGUUAGAGAGGAGGCAAUGAAUAUUCAACACCAAAGUGACAUGUGGCUUAUUGAAGAAACCAAGAAAGCCGUGGACCUGUUGCACAACAACCCUUCUGCCUUUCCAGCCUCUGGAUACUCACUGAGGGAGGGCAGCAGAGGAGAGUUGUAUGUGCGGGUAAGGGGAAAACGGCGACAUUUAUUGGCGCUUCCAUCGGUUCAUGCUUUCGUUACACAGAAAGAAUUCCCUUUUUGGAUGAUGGAUGCUGAAGCAGCAUUACAGCUGCUCGUGGCAGAUGUAAUGAACGAUGUUAUGGGGACGACCUUACCGCAGGCUCCCCCUCAGCCAAUUGAUCCUGACGCAGGAGAAUUGCCAAUUAAGUUCGGCUACGACAUGAACGACCGCCGCACUGUAAAGCUUUCCUUCGGCGACUCUACAGUGGCAAUUAAAUGCGGCAAAACUCUCCAUACUGGAGGCGCUGUGGGUGUGUCUCAUGGGUCUUACAUGGUGACGAUUGGAGGAAGUGCAAACAGCACAGAAAGCACUAUAGCCACUGGGCAGGCAGUCGUGCAUAGCUCGAUCACUCCCGACACUGUGCAGCACGAAGUCACCGUCGGAACAAUGCACGCGAUGCAGACGCAGAUCAGCCAGACGAACGGGCCAGGGACGAUCAAUGCUAUCAUCAGAGACGCAAAAUUAAAAGUGGAAACACAUCCAGAAGGCAAACGCCACGGCGCUGAGUUCAAAUAUAAAGACUUCGUUUUGGGAGUAACCCGCGACUUUGACGAUCGUGUAAACAUUUUGGAACAUAAGGGUGAUGGCUACCAGUGGAGGCUGGAAACUGACCUCGCAGAUGAUCAGAACCACGCUUUUUCGGGGAAGAUAAAAGGAAACACAAUACUUACCGGCGACAUGGUUUUCGGUGCUGGUUAUGAUGCAGAAAACCAACCUACCGCAGAAUUGGCCAUGUCGGCCAGAGACAUUGGUGUUAGGCUCAACGGAAGUAAUGGACAUAACAGCUACAGGGUGCAGAUCGGCCCAUUCACCUUUGAUGUGAUACUUUCCCAAGGGCUGCCCGAGUUUAUCCUGCGAGAAGUCAGCGCCUGA